CUCUCCUCUCCUCUGUUGCGCUCCGUCAGUUUUCCAGCAGCAGCAGAGCGCAGCGCCACGCUGACCGUCGGUCUGCCACCAACACUCGCGGAUUUCUACACUUUUACUGAAUCUGGGGGAAACAGUUCACAGUGGAUAAGCGCAGCAAAUAAGGAUUCUCCACAGCCAAGGUUAGGACGAGGACAAGCUGCUUCUUUGCCAUCAGUGGACUAAGUGUCUUGGUGCCGAUGACCCUCAGGUCAACUCAUCCAGGACGGAUGGUAAACAACAAGGCUUGACCUACAUCCCUUGAGAAGAUCUGCACUAAACAAAUAUUUGAGGCAGUUAUAUCUAAUUUCUCCAGGCAGCCGCCACCAAGAAGAUCAACACUAAAGGGUGCAGUUAAGAGACGAAAGGAGAGAAGGGAAAAGUGGGGGAGGAAGAAGUAAUCCUUUCAAAGUGCACCCCUGCCUAUUUCUGCCACGCUGUGGGCAGGGAGCAUCUUAUUUAGGAGCACUGUUGGCUGACAAAAAAAGCACUUCUCUGUCCCUGCCCGGUCAAAUGCCUGGGUAAAUACUAGAUAGAGAUAUCAAUUAGUCUGAGCUCCUCCACCGUCCGACAAAGAGACUGUAACCUAUCUAUAGAAACAUAGCAACAAACUUGGACUUUGUGGUCACUUGGAUUGCCACUUUAUAACCCUUUGAAAAAGAUUGUGAGAAAAAAGAAUGAGAGUCUCUGCAGUUUCUUACUCCUACAAACUUCUCUAAAACCAGUGGAGGCAGCAACUCACCGUGGGAGCCGGAAGUUCUAAGCCAGUCUAAGAGCUGGGCUUUUAAUGUCUUUCCCAGCUCAAUAAAGUAACAUGAAACCCCUUACUCCAAUUGGGUCCCCCUCUCCUUUGAGGCUUCUCAACAAGGGUCCAGAUUACCUGCGCAGGCAGAUUGACGGUGGGGGUCACGGCCGUUCUGUCAGCGCUGUGGAGAGGCUUGAGGCUGACAAAGCCAAAUAUGUCAAAAGCCAGCAGGUGAUCAACACCAAACAAGAGCCUGUGCUUGUGCCAUGUGCCACGCCACCUCCGCAGCCUCGGAGAGCUAUCUCUGUUCCUGGUAGUUUGACCCCUCGUCUUCCCCCCCGGCGUUCAUCCAACACUCCAUUCUCUACCCUCUCUGACUCCUUCACCUCAAAAGAUGAAAAUGAAAACGAUGAUGCUAGAAAAGAGAACAGGCAUACUUCUGCUGAUGUUAAAAUGCAUAACAGAAGCAAUGUGAGUAAAGUAUUGCCUCCAAGCCCCAGGACACCUGGAAAUACCAGCCUGGUAGCACCACACAGUGCCCCCGUUCUCAGAAGGAAUACUGGCAAACGCAUGCUGAGGCCAGACUCCCUGUUAAUAUACAGGCAGAAGAAAGAGUGCAAAAGCCCUAACAGCACCAGCCUGGGUGAAAACAAUAACUUGGAGAUAAAGGGAUAUAGUUUUGUACGUCGCCUCUUUCAGGGUUCAAUGAGAGAGAAGAGUGGUGGAGGAGAAAGAGUUCAGAAGAUGGUGAUAGGUGAGGAGAAGCCACCAUCACGGGAUGGGGACUCGAGAAUGUCUUGGACCAAUGACAAAGACAAUACAGAUGGAGGACCAAUAACCCCAAAGUCAUGCAAGAUAGACCAAGAACGCAACCUAGAGUCUACCCAAAGUCCAGGUCUUAACUGUGCAUUAGAAAACACAAAAAACGGUUUUAUAAAUAGCCCCAGUCACCAAAUAAACAGUGGUGUUAUUAACAUCAGGUGCGAGGAUGAGAGUGAUCCAUGGAAGCGUGCAUCCCCGAUGCAGCAAAGACGGCAGUUUGGAGAACUGCAGCGCUCCAAGUCAGACCUGCGCUUACGCUGUUCGGUUGCCUUAUCUGAGCAGGAGCAUUUCUUUGAUUACUGUGGACUGGACAUGGAAAUGAUAGAGCGUCUGGGACGGCAAAAUUUUCUUUCUAAUGCCAGCUCCAUAGACACGCUUUCGUUGGCUCUGCGCAGCAUAGGAGGGGACGGUUGUGGUGGCUCAGAACCCAGCGAGUUUUCCCGACACUCAGGGGAUGGGCUGUUUCAGGAAGAACUGGCGGAGCAGCUCCCUACUGGUGUGUCCAUCAUUGAGAGAAAUGCUCGAGUCAUCAAGUGGCUGUAUGGGUGCAAGAAUGCAGCUCAGGAAGGACCCAAAGAAUCAACCGUAUAGUAUGGAGAUAAAGGAUAUGAAGUUAAAAACCAGAAGUAAAUAUACACUGAAUAAAAAGUAACACAAUAUAUUUUGAAUUUCCUACAUUGAAUCAAACUGAAUAUUUAGAAAUUUAGAUUAGUGUUACCAGAAAAGGUCAUUAUGAUUCUCAAAUACCAAACAAAAAAAACGGACAGGAAAUGUUAAAAUGUUGAAGUUUCUUUAAUGAUACAUUUCUUUCUUUAGUAGUUGGUAGAGCUGCCUUUAAACUAUAUAACAAGUAAUAGUCUUGAGAAUCCUUCAAAAAACUUCUGGAUAUUUGCUGGAAUUUUGACCCAUUCCUCUGGACAGAGCUGGUGCGACUGAGCCAAGUUCUGUUUGGCACUUUGCUCGCACAUACUUUGUCAAACUUGCCCAGGGAUUUCUGUGGGUUUGAGAAAAAGUCCCUUGUUGUCCAUAUGGUGGUUCAGGAAUAACUAGUGAUAUGCAAAAGCUCAUUGUCCGUUUAGAAGAACCAUUAGAAUCAUAGCUGUACUUUCCUGGGCGAAUCCUUUAAAAGCUAGCAACAUAUUUCCACAUUUUCUUUUCUCAUGAUGCCAUCUAUUUUAUCAAAUACACCAGUCAGAACUUUAAUGCCAUCAUUCCCGAGUGCGUUCAAAACUCUAAUGCUGCCUUUGAAAUAUAUUGCUUCCUUAUUUAUGAGUGGCCUAUUAGUCAUUGGUGUUAAAGGGUUUUUAUUUAGGGAAAUUAAUGUUAUAUUACUGGAUUCAGCCAUCAUCUUCCUGAUUUACCUAAAAUGGGAAAAUCUGAGCCUGAUUUAAUGUUUAAUGUUGUAAAAUUUAGCUUCAACUCUGUGUGCUGUGAAAUGCUUAGCCUUUCACUUUCACAUACAUUGGAAGCUAGUAUUUAUCUGUAUGGAUUAUUUAGCUGCAUUAUUUCAUUCAUCAGUUAAAGAAUCUAAUGUUGCCGCAAUGAUUUAUAAACCAAACAUCAAGUUACCUGAUAUCACAGUAUUAAGUCAGUUUCAAAUAGCCUUUGUAGCAAAAUCACUUUCAUUAUUUUUUCAUAUAUAAAGUUAAUUUUCGGUUAGCCACCAAAGAACAGAAGAACACACAAUUUUACAACAUAAAACUGUAUUUUUCUUUAAAUUAUACUUAGCUGGAUUUGGUCCCCAUAUUCAUUUAUACCCCGUGUUUAAUUUGAUUUGGCUCAUUUAUACCUGUUCACACCAAAUCCUAACAAAUGGCAUGUAAAGGAUUUUACAAGAGGAAUGUGUCCAGUUUGUGUAAAAGCCAAUGGAGCUCAAUUCAGUUCAAGUUUAUUUCACAUCAUUCCAGUACAACCACAUUAAGCUCCAAUUAACGCUGCAAAUAAUGAUUGGCAACAAUAAGGAAAUCAUAAAGAUAUUAUGAGAUAAAAGGUUAGCAUGUAGACAAUUAGCCCAAAGGUUAAUACAUGUACCACAUCGUGUGUAAAAUAUUUGUUGGACUUUUUUCUAUUCAGCAAAUCAACGGCCUUGGCAAUGUUUUUAGUUUUCACAAACUUUAAAUCAGUGUCAUUAGCAUUCCAGGGCACAUAACUCUUCCUUUACUCAAAACAGACUGUUUUUUUCUCAAACCGCAGAAUUGCUGAUCAUUUCAUUUUGUUUAUUUUGUUGCUAUAUUUAUGUAUCCUAGGGACUAUUUUAUGAGUGUGAACUAACCAGCAUAGUUUGUGAGUAUCAGUGGGUUAUUGAUGUUUAAUUAUGCUCUAUAUUUUUAGCUUUGUAUUUUUUGGGCAGAACUGGAUUCUGAGCUGACUUGAAUUCCCAAUUUAACCCCUAAAAAAGGCACAUACAUGUGUGUAUUUAUGUUUGAAACUUUCAUAAAGGUUGUGACUCUUGGUGCCAAUGUUUCCUCAACAAAGUAUUUCAAAAUGGAAAACCACUAAGCUACGACGUUUCUAUGAUUUUGUGAGAGUGAAGUGAAAUGUGUGUUCCCAAUUUCAACCUGUUCAAGUUGAGUCUGUUUCUUUUUCUUGUUAUUUUUUUUUUUUACAAUUUUUACUCCUUGAACGCAGGCGUUGCAAAUAAACAUGUAAGACACUCCUCUGGAGUGUGUUGUUGCACUGAACUGGACAGAAAGAGAAAAUUAAAGAGUGUAAAAAUCACUAGUGUGUUUCAGACUGAGCUGGAUUCAGAGAAACAUGUGCAUCAAGAAAUAUACAAGCUUGGACUGAUGAAUAAUUAGUAUUUUGUUUCUUUAAACUUGUAAAAAGGUCAAACUAAUCAUUUAGGUCAAGUACAAGGUCAUCAAAUCUUAUGCAGUGUCCUGGUGUCUCAUGUCAAUGUGUCUAAGUUAGAAACUAUAAUAAACAUGGGAAACCUGAGUUAAUAGGGAAUCCUGGCUGGACUUUAAACAGGAAUCUCUCAAAAUGAUUUGCUCAACUCUGCAAACAGCUUGUGCCAUUUAAACAAAUGUCUAAGGGAGUCACCUUUUAGCAUCUGCCAGUUUACAGAUGUUUAACCCAUGCAGCUGUCCCAUGAAGGCAUACAGCGGAGUCCGAAUGGGCCCUUCUCUCACCGAUAAGCACCGAUCCUACCUCAGUUCAUCCAUUUCUCACUGCUUCACACUUUAUCUCCAAAAAAAAAAGGUCAUUCCCAUUGCCUGCCCUGGAGGAUCC